AUGAACAUCACAAAGACAACUACUAGUAUCAUCUUACGUCUGGUUGAAUUCUUAUUCGCCGUCAUCGUAUUGGGCCUCACUGCCGGUGUUUUAGCAGGCUACAACACCAACAUCUCCAGAGUCACAUUCAACUUGGUGGUGGCAAUUUUCAACAUCAUAUGGUUAGCAUACAUUGCCUUCAUUGCACCCAGAGUGUUGCUCAAUCAAACGCCAACAGCAGUAGUAUUUGGUGUCCAAGUCAUAUUUUGGAUCUUUUAUCUUGCCGGUUGGGCAGCUAUUGCUGAUGUGUUCCCCGAUGAUUGUAAUUGGUGGUAUUAUAUGAGAGAUUCGGAAGAUACCUGUCGCGCUUAUCAAGCAAUUUUGCCAUUCUCAUUAUUGAAUUGGAUCUGGUUUAGUAUUGAAUUGGGAUUGUUUAUUGGUUACAGUUUUGUUCCUGAAAUUAAAAAUUACGGUGCAAACCACUUGAUGCAAAAUACAACUUAUUAUUGGGGCACUUUAUUCAAUGCUGAAACUACUACAUCAAAGAGUUUUGCUGGUGUCAAUUUCACUGAUUCUGGUAUUGCUACCAGUGGUGGUGGUGUUAAUAAAGACGGGGGUGUUGUUGCUCCUCAUCUUGACGAAGAAGCUGCUAUAGGAAAUGGAGUAAACGAUGAAAAUGCAUACACUACUCAUGGUGAGGAGGAGUCCAAAGUUGCAACUGAAGGUUCUGACCACUCUUUGCCCCACCAACAACAACAGCAGCAACCAGAAGCUGGGUACGGGUCAAGAACUAAUGGUACCGUUCCAACAGCAUACUAA